AGAUUGUCCCGUCUUUCAAUUUCUUUCUAUAUGUGUAUGGAGUAGACGAAGUGACAUUAUAUCGAACAAAAACGUGAAGUGCGGAUGCUAUAGUCCUAUCUCUGUUUGCUUAUUAUCUUUUUGAUAUUUACGUUUCUUUAUACCAAACUAUUGGAUAUCGAGGAUAAUGAAAAUAUAGUGUUAUUGAAUAACUAUUUUAGGACACGGUGUAUACAAAUUAUUGGAAAACAAAAAAUAUAGGAGAUAAGAGAAAUUUAUAAAGGAAAGAGGAAGAUCCAACAUGCCACAGAACGAGUACAUCGAGAGGCAUCGUAAACUAUAUGGACGACGUUUAGAUUAUGAGGAAAGGAAAAGAAAAAGGGAGGCCCGUGAGCCUCAUAAACGUGCGGAACGUGCUCGUACUUUACGUGGUAUAAAAGCAAAGAUUUUUAAUAAAGAACGGAGAAAUGAAAAGAUCCAAAUGAAAAAGAAGAUUAAGUCUCAUAUGGUAAAGAAAGUGAAAGAAAAAUCUUCCAAUGUACCAGAAGGUGCACUACCUGUAUAUUUACUGGAUCGUGAUAUUAAAAAAGAUGCGAAAGUAUUGUCAAAUAUGAUAAAACAGAAACGUAAAGAAAAAGUUGGGAAAUGGGAUGUACCAAUACCUAAAGUUAAAACACAGUCAGAAUCUGAAGUCUUCAAAGUAAUGAGAAGUGGAAAGUCUAAACGCAAAUCUUGGAAAAGAAUGGUAACAAAAGUGACAUUUGUUGGUGAGAACUUUACUAGAAAACCACCAAAAUUUGAAAGAUUUAUUAGACCAAUGGCACUCCGUUUCAAAAAGGCACAUGUAACUCAUCCUGAAUUAAAAGCCACAUUUUGUUUACCUAUUAUUGGAGUUAAAAAGAAUCCAAGUUCACCAAUGUAUACAAGCUUAGGUGUUAUUACUAAAGGAACAAUUAUUGAAGUGAAUAUUUCAGAAUUAGGUCUUGUAACUCAAUCUGGAAAAGUAGUAUGGGGAAAAUAUGCUCAAGUUACAAAUAAUCCUGAAAACGAUGGCUGCAUCAAUGCUGUAUUACUUGUAUAAAUUCCUUUUGUUGAAUUAUUGCACAUUAUGUAUGCUGAUAAUAUGUUUGUAAUAAAAAUUGUUUAAAUGUAAA